GCGGCCGAGCCUGCGCGGCCGGAAGUGGCAACCAGACCAACCCCGGCCUGGAAGAAUGAGAGGGGAGGGCGACAGCCGUGACUCGGGGGGCUUGGCUAGUCCCUGCCGGCCUGGGAGGCGGGGGGGGGAAGCGAGGAGGCGAGCUUAGGAAGGCGAGGAGGUGAGCGCGCCGCGCCGCGGCCGAGCUGCGGCACCGGCAGGCGGAGCCGCAGCGCCAGACGCCUCGGGUGCGGCGCCGACCCCAGUCGGACGCCGCCGCGCCAGGAUGGCCUGUGGCGCGCCUGCGAAUUCGCUGCCCAGAGCAAGUGCUAGGUCGGGGACACGCCCGACUUGAAGCAAGUGGGCAAUGUGAUGUCCAGAGGCCCUGUGAUCGUGAGCACAGGCGUCGACAACGCCGAUGCGCGCCGACGGCUGCUGGCCCAUCGAAGGAAGAGGCUCUGCCGCCGCACGGCUACGACAGGCAGAGCGAGCUGUUGCCGCCGGGUGCCUGGCGCACCCUUGUGGUGGGCCGGUCGGUGAGCACGUUGCCGCUGUUCUGAUUGCUCGCGCUCGCGAAGCGGCUGGAGGACACGCUCGCAAAAGGCCCAGCGCUGUCGUGCUCAAGGCUGACGGAGCUCGUGCCACCGGGCGCCUGAUGGAGCCGAGUGCUGGGCCUGUCCGUGAGGAAGUCCGCCACCGUUUCUGGCUGCUGCCGCUCGCGAAGAGAUUCGACGACACCGCCCUCAAGGUGGCUGGGGCAUCCUCGCUGCCAAACAUCAGCGCGCUGGCACCCUUGGGCACGUACUGCAUGCGGUCGGCACCGCGCCACGUGGCCACGCCACCGCUAGCGGGGCGGCGUGACUGCGCCCAGGUGGCAGCGAAGCUGCCAGUGUCUUCCAGCACCACGCUGGGGUUGCCCCCGCCGAUGCGCCGCUUCAUGGCCCCCUCGGCCACCGAGCCGACGCCAAACGGGCUGAGGCGCGCGCGCAACGGCGUCGGCGGCGCCGCCACAGCCGUGGUGCCGUGCACGCUGCUGCUCUUCUCCCAGCACGCGUCGUCCACCCCGAACACCACCGUGUCGGCGCCGCCCGGCUUGGGGCGCGCCAGCAGCUCUGUGGCGGCGCUGCCGGCGGGGGCCUCGACGGAGAAAACCACGGAGUCGCGGCCGCCGGGCGAGGGCCGCGCCAAAAGCGCCUCUGCCGGCACCACGUCGCCGCCGCGGGCGCUGAAGUCCACGCUGUCGGUGCCGCCUGGAGCCUGCCGGGGCGCAGCCUGGACCAGCGCGGCCGCCGCCGCGGCGCCCGCGCCCAAGGACGAGCUCUGGGUGGUCCACUCGGCGCCCUCGGCGCCGAGGCUCAGCGUGGAGGCGCCUCCGGGGCACGGGCGCGCCAGGGCCGCCCCACCCGCGGCAUCGGCGAGUACCGCCGAGUCGACGCUGCCGAGGGAAGGCCGCACUGGCGCCUCCGCGGCC